CUACAGAAGUAUCAUUGAUGAUGGGCGUCUCAAAGAUAUCCUUUAUUCUACUGUUAGUAGCAUUGAGCGUUCAGGUGCCGUUUAUUGUAGGCGAUGCUGAAGGUUUUGCCCCUAAGACUAGAGGGGAAGAGCCCGAGACUCGAGUGGUGGGUGGCAAAGACGCACCCCAAGGGCUUGUGAAGCAUCAAGUCGCUCUUAAAACAAAAGGCCACCGGUUUUUCUGCGGUGCUGCAGUCAUUGAUUGAUUGCGGUGAUGAUGGGCGUCUCAAAGACAUCUUUUAUUCUACUGUUAGUAGCAUGGAGCGUUCAGGUGCCGUUCAUUGUAGGCGAUGCUGAAGGUCUCGCCUCUAAGACUGGAGGGCAAGACCCCAAGACCCGAGUUGUGGGUGGCAAAGACGCACCCGAAGGCCUUGCGCCACAUCAAGCCGCUCUAAAAACAAAAGAAAACUUCUUUUUCUGCGGUGCUGCUAUCAUUUCGGACAGAUGGAUACUGACAGCUGCCCAUUGUGUUAAAAAUUAUAAACCAUCACAAAUUAUCGCUCUAGUUGGUACAUUAUCGUUAUCGAAAGGUGGUACAAAGUAUGAAGUAAGCAAAGUCAUUGCUCAUAAAGAUCAUAACAAACCACAUAGAUUCCGCAACGAUAUUGCCCUUAUAAGUACGAAAAAGGCCAUCGAAUUCAAUAAAAACGUUCAGCCCCUGCCAUUACCCAAGAACGAUAUGACGACUGGAUUGUCGUGCAUACUCAGCGGCUGGGGUUACCUUAGCGCUAAUGGGAGAUUGCCAGACAAAUUACAAUAUCUGUAUGUGAAUACUUUGAGUAGUGAGGAUUGCAGUAAGUACUUUAAAGGUCGCAAGGACACCAUUAUAGGUUCCAGCCAGAUGUGUACCCUUAACAAACGUGGAGAAGGAACAUGCCAAGGUGAUUCAGGCGGAAGCUUAGUGUGCAACGGCACCUCAGCCGGCGUCGUGUCCUUCAACGCUCCCUGCGCUAAAAAUAGCCCUGAUGGGUACGCUAAUACGUUCCAGUACAUUUCCUGGAUAAAAGAAAAUACUAAAUCACCCUAAGCAGUGUCAAUUAUAAAU